ACUUUGUUACUGAAUCUCUUCGGACUCAUUAAUUCAUUUUGCGAAGCAAACUUGAUUAGCCAAGCCCUCUUCUAUCGUCUCCGUGGACGUAAAUUUAAACCCGAUAGAGCGGCCAAUAUGCCUCCCAAAAAGAAGACCAACAAGAUGGGUGGCGACGACUGGGAGGCGGAUCUGGGCGAAACUGCCCCGCAUGUUGAAGAUGCCGCCCCGAACGCGGGCACAGAGGCGGGCGAAGACGAAUUCCCAGCUGGCGGCCUUAUGGCUGCAAUGAAGAAGAACCGAAACAAGAAGAAGGCGAAAGGAAAGCCGGCAGAUGACCUUGGCGACGCGAACGGCGGAGAAACUCCCGCUGAUGAGGGGUCUACCUUUGACCCCUCAAUCAAGGCAGCUGAUGAGGCAACUAUGGAUGACGAAUUUUCGUUACCAAAUACAAAGGCGAAGACAAAGGGGGCCGAAAAAAGUGCGCCGGCAGAGGACGAGGGAGACGAGGAACGCGGUGCGGAUGGGCGAGUAAUGACAAAGAAGGAAAAGGAAAAGGCAAAGAAGGAACGCGAGAAGCAAAGAAAGAAGGAGCAGGCCGCGAAAAAGAAGACCGCCGCACCAGCUGCAAAGGUUGCCGAAGAAGUAAAGCCCGUUGCCGAAACAAAGACCGAGAUGCCCGAGCCCGUUGCCACCAAAGGCAAGAAGCUGACCCCGGCAUUGGCCAGGUUACAAAAGCAACAAGAGGAGCUAAGACGUCGCGAGGAGGAGAAGGCGCGGGCUGUGGCAGAGGAGAGACAACGCAUCGAGGAGGAAGAAAGACGCGAAGCUGAAGAAGAAAAGGCCCGCGAAGAAGCCAAGCUUAUCAAAAAGCAGAGAGAAAAGGAGAAGAUCGACCUUCUCAAGAAAGAGGGCAAGUUUUUGACUAAAGCCCAGAAAGAAGAGAGGGCUAGAAAUGAGAAAAAGUUGCAACAAAUGAUUGCUGCCGGCGUUAAAGUUGGAGGACUGGAGGCCGGAGAAGAGAAGAAGAAGGUCGUCUAUGACAACAAGAAGAAAAAGGGAGGCAGAAAGAAUCCAGCAGAAAUCCAGGCUGAGGAAGAACGCCUCAUGGCUGAAGCAGCAGUCAGAGCUAAGGCAGAGGCUGAGCGUAUGGCAGCCAAAGCGGCAGAGGAGGCCGAGAAAGAGGCAGCGGCUGCACUCGCCGCCAAAGACGCAGAAGCCAGUGAAGUUGAAGAUGACUGGGAAGUAGCUGCUGCUGAAGAAGAUGACGUUAAAGAUAGUUGGGACGCAGACUCGGAAGAGGAAGAAGCACCCUCAACCGAGAAAGCAGCUGGCGAUUCACAAGAUGCCAAAUCCCUACCAUCGAGGCCCAAGGGAACCACUCCGGCUGAGGAGUCCGAGGAAGAAUCUGAAGAAGAAUCAUCUGAGGAGGAAUCUUCAGAGGACGAAGAAGCCACUGCAGCGGAGGCCGCCAUUGCUCUUAGGAAAAAGGAGGCCACCGAGCGAAGAGAGAAACUACACCAGGAGGCAUUGGCAGCUCGGUCUAAGGACAACCUGCGAUCUCCAAUUUGCUGUAUUCUUGGUCACGUCGAUACAGGAAAGACCAAGUUAUUGGACAAGAUCAGACAAACCAAUGUCCAGGAAGGUGAGGCUGGAGGUAUCACACAACAGAUUGGAGCAACCUACUUCCCAGUUGAUGCUAUCAAGAAGAAGACAAUGGUUGUCAACAGGGAUGGUGCCUUUGAAUUCAAAGUUCCUGGCCUCUUGGUUAUUGACACUCCUGGUCACGAGUCUUUCUCUAACCUCCGCUCCCGUGGAUCUUCGCUUUGCAAUAUUGCCAUUCUAGUGGUCGAUAUUAUGCACGGCCUGGAGCCUCAAACACUGGAGUCUAUGAAACUACUCCGAGACAGAAAGACGCCAUUUAUUGUUGCGCUCAAUAAAAUCGAUCGUCUCUACGGGUGGAAGAAGGUUGAAAACAACGGCUUCCGGGAAUCGUACGAACUCCAGAACAAAGGCGUUCAGAACGAAUUCCAGAAGAGGCUGGCAGAUACCAAGACAGCAUUCGCCGAGCAAGGGUUUAACUCUGAGCUCUUCUACGAAAACAAGUCGAUGGCAAAAUACGUUUCCCUCAUUCCAACUUCGGCGCAUACUGGAGAAGGUAUCCCCGAUAUGCUCAAGCUCAUUCUCCAGCUCACCCAAGAAAGAAUGGUUGGCAGCUUGAUGUACCUCUCCGAGGUUCAGUGCACUGUUCUUGAAGUCAAGGCUAUUGAGGGCUUUGGUAUGACGAUCGAUGUUAUCCUUUCCAACGGCAUCCUCCGUGAAGGAGACAGGAUUUUAAUCUGCGGCAUCAACGGUGUUAUUAAGACCAAUAUCCGUGCGCUAUUGACACCUGCUCCUAUGAAAGAGCUUCGAUUGAAAUCGGCGUAUGUUCACAAUAAGGAGGUGAAGGCAGCACUUGGUGUAAAGAUCAGCGCUCCGGAUCUCGAAGGUGCAAUUGCAGGCUCCAGGUUGAUGGUUGUGGGACCUGAUGAUGAUGAAUCCGACCUCGAAGAAGAGGUAUGGUCCGACGUUAGCAACCUCAUGAAGCGAAUCGAGAAGACAGGCCGCGGUGUUAGCGUCCAGGCUUCCACUCUCGGUUCCCUCGAGGCCCUUCUUGAUUUCCUCCGCGUAUCCAAGAUCCCAGUCGCCAAUGUGGGUAUUGGCCCAGUAUUCAAGCGCGAUGUCAUGCAGUGCGGUACCAUGUUGGAGAAGUCGAAAGAACAUGCUGUUAUGCUUUGCUUCGAUGUCAAGAUUGACAAAGAAGCUCAGCUUUAUGCAGAGGAGCAGGGAAUUAAGAUUUUCACAGCCGACAUCAUCUACCAUCUUUUCGACCAGUUCACAAAACACAUGGAGGCAAUUAUCGAGAAGAGGAAGGAGGAAUCAAGGCUCAUGGCCGUCUUCCCUUGCGUACUUUCGACGGUUGCUGUCUUCAACAAAACUGGCCCGAUUAUCGUCGGCGUUGACGUUGUUGAAGGCCAGCUCAAACUUGAUACUCCCAUUGCAGCUGUCAAGACAAACGCUAUCACUGGUGCUAAGGAGAUCAUCAGUGUUGGCAGAGUUACGGGUAUCGAGCGUGAUCACAAGCACCUGCCAAGGUGUAAGAAGGGAGAGCCAUCGGUGGCGAUCAAAAUUGAAAUGGGAUCCCAUCAGCCAACGUAUGGCCGCCAUCUUGAGGAGAAAGAUACCUUGUACUCUCUCAUUUCAAGGAAGUCGAUCGAUACACUGAAGGAAUUCUACCGAACCGAUGUGACGAAUGACGAAUGGAUGCUGAUCAAAAAGCUUAAGCCUCUAUUUGACAUUCCGUAGUCGACAGAAUGAUAAUUUGUUCCAUCUCAAAAGCCUUUCGUUCUGUUGCACAGCGUGGCAUCGAUGUAGAAAGCGAAGAGGAAAAACAUAUUCGGAAGUGAUAUGAUGCAUGGGGAACGCGAAUCUGGAUUUACGAAUUGCGAACUCGACUUAUUGGGCAUUUAUGGAGUUGCAUAGAGUUUUUGUUAUAUGAUGAUUUAUGGAGUUGCAUAGAGUUUUUGUUAUAUGAUGAUUUAUGGAGGAAUAAUAAAAUCGUUGGUUGACAAAGUCUGCGAGACGGUGGCUUUAGAGUGGUGCCUUGCAACGUCCAAACCUCAUAGUCAGGCAUGAUCCCGGCGAUGUAGUAAGAGUCCGGAUUCAGUCCAAGAAAGUCUUCGAUAUUCCCGAAAACAGCUGUGACAAUGCGACCAUAAUCUGUUAGAUUCUCUAACAAGUUGAUUCAUUAACGAGUGUUGCACUAUUACUACAGCGCUACGGCAACAUUAGCAGUCUGAGAAAAGGGCCAGAAGCUUCUUUGAAAAUAUGAAGUUGAGGGCUUGGGUCCUGAAUAAUUAAGAGGCCCUCUGGAAACAACAUUCAGUGCAAGUCCAUGCACAACUUCAUAAACAUGACACUGUGUGUGCACUUGUUUCUAGAUACUGCUUCAGCUUUGGGUUCCGAAUUCAGCAGGUAGCCAUGUUGGCCCCAAAAGGGUUCCAGCUUGGAGCCAGCCCUUCAACCCCGUUCCACGCUAACACCCCCCCAACUACCGAACCCCCUAUAUAAUGGAGACAAGGCAGUAAGAUAUCAAACAGGGCAGAUGGCUUAGCAAAUAGCCAUCUUCUCGGAUUCGCGGGUUCGAGGCACCAUGGGGUGGAUUUUUCACCAGACACGUCGUCUGGUGUUUUUGCAUUUUAACUCUUGGAUUUCUGCGCGUUGACAGAUACAACCGCCCCAGCCCCGGCCGACCCCUUUUAACGCCAAAGAGAACACAUUUUGUGCUUGUGAAUAAAAUCCAAUGCUGUUUGGUAGCUACUAUUCGCGGCCCAUGAAAAUAUUGACUGGAUAAAGUCUUCAAAGAAAUCGCCAUCGCAAAUAUGGAACCAAAUAGGCAGCACUCUCAGAAGCUCGAAAUGUAGCUCCUCGUAUCUCAAGGGGUUUCAAUUUCUCCCAAGGUUCAUGGCUGAACAUAUUUUACCCCCUAGAAUAACUUCGCUCAAUGCUAGCCUGUGCAUAGCCUCUGAUAGUUGCUUCAUACCCCCCUAUACUACUCGCCGAAAUGCCAAACUUUGAAAUGGUAUUUGAUAUCAAGGCGGCAUCACGUAGAGCUGUCACCGCGCCGACGCCUCCAGUUGGCGAUGCAUCUCCAAUCAAUGUGACAUUCCCAGAAGGAUCCCAAGCCGAGAUCUUUGGAAAUGCAGAGCUGACCCUUAUAAUUGAGGUCUGUGUCCUGUCUUGGAGGUAGAAUAGUGCUCGGAAUGACGGGUCCCAUUCUUGCGUCAGCUUGAGGGAUAACUUUGCACACUCUUCUCCAUUUAGGUACAGUGGCUCUUUGGUGUGAGUUUCAAGUACAUCGGUUCUUGAUAUAAGGGCCCAGUAGAUGUAAUCGACAGGCAGAUCUUUUCGAUGAGCAUUAUCGGGAAAUUGAAUGGGCUCGAGAAACAAGGUCAAAGGGGUCUCACCGACGUCUAGAGUGUGUGUCAUGGGAGUCGAUGACUAAAGUCAUCCAUUUUGUUGCUCUCCUUGAAAGCUGUAAUGAUGUACGGUUACGCUCGCGCUACAUCCCACUGAGCCAAAAAGACUAUAGUAUUCCGGCUCGCCCGGAAUACGCGUAACACGCUUUAUAUACCACAUGUACUGUAACGGCGGCACCCGUUACAAAAGCCUCUCUAACAACUCUGACGUCAAUGGUGUUUUUCCGUAGAUGCAGCUUCCGUUCGUGUCGAGCGGUAUAUGAUUAGGGAGAUACUGUUUCCAGACUUGAGAAGAGGCCCCGUCUGAUCCUAUAAGAAGGGUUCCGUUUUCACUUGAGCCGUCUGUGAAUUUUGCCACAAUUUUGCCGUCGUCGGUGAUAGCAUAUUCCAACAAUGAUUUUCCAAAGGAUAUCUGAUCACCCAAUCCAGACAGCAAAAUGUUACGCAGGACAGUUCUGUCGCAGGUCUGGGUCUUAAUAGCCACCCCUCCCCGAGUCCUUCUUGGACCAGCUCUGCCUGCUAUGAUUGUUGCCGCAAUGGCGUUGGAAUCUGUUUCACCUUCUUCGCAAACAGCACACGUGUCCUGGAACUGGGCCCAGAGACUGCCACUAAGUACAUAAUUUAAGGGAUUCCAGCCGUCACUAUUGAGCUUCAACCUGUAUCCUUGGGGCCGGAAGUCGGGAGUAGGGUCUUGUUCAAAGAUAUGAAAAGGGAUGCCAAAUUUCCUUAGGUCAACCCGCCUAUGCCAGCGCCGAUGAUAAGAACUUUGGAGGAAGAGUCCAUACCUCGGACAGUAUUUAAAAUUCUCAGCCGAAUUAUGAAGGGGCCAUAAAAUGUCCUGUUUUGGAAGACAUUGGAAUAUUGAGCAAAAUUGGGAGUAGACUUCAUGUUCAAUAGCACAAAAGCCGAUCAACACUAGGAGCGAGAUUGCUAGAAGUUAUAUCGGCACAAUGCGAAACGUUUCAAGUCGGCCAAACUGAACUUCCUGAUGGAAACUAACUGAUCAGGGUCGUAAGCCAAUAAAUGGACUAGAAUCACCACAACAUGAUUAUUCUGGGGUGGCGGCCGGAUUGAACGGUGCUGUGUCUGUUUGCCAGCGUCACAUAUUUUCCCUAUUUGCAACAAGUGAUUACUUUGAAUGUUGCAAACCACAAUUCUGGUACUCGAGACCUAAAUGCAGGAUAUUUGUCAUGGCAAUA